AGAAUUUGAUUCAAAUCCAAAUUCAAAAUGCUUAAGUUUCCCAAACAUGGAAUUUAAGCCAAAUCCGGAUUUGAAAUCCAAAUCCAUGUUCCCAAACAUACCAUAAAGGAAUUUGGCAAAGCGUUACACAAGUUAAAAAGUUUCACCAGAUCUGGUCUGGUUGUUGAGAUUGAAAACUUCACUUCGACCGUGAAAUACCAAACUGAUCUUCUAGCUGACGGCGUGCGUCUCUCUGAUUGGGCCUUUCAAGAAGGGGACCCAUCCCUCUAUGGGACCAUCCACGAAAGGCUUCUCACAAUGUAUAUAUGCUCUAGGCAGGGAGUUGAAGCUGAGAAACAUAUCUGGCAAAUGAAACUCGAAGAAAAAGAAGAGUCUUUCGUGGUUGAUGAGAGGUUACAUUAAAGGAGGCCAUUUUGAGAAGGCAGCUGAAACACUAAUGAAAAUGCUUGACCUGGGUCUUACUCCUGCAUUUUUGGACAGAGUGGUCGUGCUUCAAGGACUACAACAACGGAUUCGCCAGCCAGGAGGUAUGCAUACCUAUCUUAAACUGUGCAAACGACUCUCAGAUGCAGAGCUAGUGGACCCGUGUAUUGUGUAUCUGUAUAUAAAGAAACACAAGCUUUGGAUCAUGACAGUGAUCUAAAGCAACACUGAGAAGAAGAAUCCGUGGGCUUUGCACAUAUUACCACAAGAACCCGCGUUUCUUACUCAUCUCACUCGCUUGAUGACACCAUUGACAAUCAUCAUGUGUAUAUUAUGUGUAGUAACCGGGAGUCUCUUAGAAACGGCUUCUCUACUCCAAAAAUAGACCUAAAUAGGGAUAAGUUUUGUGUGCACUCACCCUCCGAGCCCCGCCUUUUGUGGGUUCUACUAGGUUUCUUGUUGUUGCAGUAGUUUCAGAUGGAUUCAAAACACUGCAAGCUUCUCAUGUAAUUCCCAUGUCUAUAGUAUGUACUAAAAAUGAUCAAUAAAU